UGCAGAUCCCACGCGUUUUUCUAUACGGUACCCAUUUUCUAUGUUCUCGUCAAGGAUAAAUCUAUUGCAGGCUUGGUCUCUUCUGCUUAAAAAAUAUAGCAUCUUUCACCUCCAUUGCCAUACCCGACUGAAAGUAUAAAACUUGUGAUGAUCUGAUCGUUGAAGGAGAUUUUCUCCUCUCUGUUCUGUAGUCUCUUCUAGUUCUCGUCUUGGUUUUCGUUUUAAUUAUAACUCUGUUGUAUAAUUUAAUGGCCCGGCUCCAUUUUCCUACUUUUAUUAAGUAUUCAAGCUUCGCUCUUCUGAAUUAAACUUGUCUGGUUUUUGUUAAUUACUACUGAUCUCAAGGUUUUCAUUCUUCUUCGUAUCAGCUUCACAAUCCUUCAAAGCACAAUGAUACUUGCUUGACUCUUCUUUCAAAUUGCUCUCUUGGUAUUGGAUUGGGAUUUCUUUUGCACUGGGAAUCAAUUGCGAAGCAUCAUUUAUUUUCUGGGAUUUCUUCAAAACUUGCAUUUGAGGAGUUUUUGCUUUUCUUAAUGUUGAAUGAUUGAACUUUUGUUUCCUAUAUUAGGAAACCCACAUACCGUAGAACAAAACUGGAAUUUCUCAUCUGGGUUUGUCUAGAUUUUCAUAUGGGAUUUGGAGGGUCGUUUUUACAUAGUGAUGUCUCAUGUCAAAUCAGAUCCACCUACUAGUCAUCGCCAUCCAUCUUCACAUGUAGCUUCAACCGAGCUCAAGCUCUACCAAGCUUUUGUCUUCUCCGUUCCAAUAUUCUUCACUUUCGUUCUUCUCUUCCUGUUCUACUUGUUCUACCUUCGCCCUAGGAGGGCUGACUGGGCAUCUCUUCGAAUGAGAAGAUCAUUACAACACAACAACCAUGACAUCUCAGGAGCUGAGUUGGGCUUGAGAAAAGAAUUGAGAGAGAUGCUGCCCAUUAUUGUAUACAAGGAAACCUUCUCUAUCACAGAUUCACAAUGCUCAGUCUGCCUAGGUGAAUAUCAAGCGGAUGAUAGGCUUCAACAAAUACCUGCAUGUGGUCACACAUUUCACAUGGAAUGCAUUGAUCAUUGGCUUAGUAACCACACAACUUGUCCACUCUGUCGCCUUUCCCUCCUUGCUUCUGCUAAAGCUACUAGUGAAUCUCCUGAUAUCCAAGUACAAAUUGGUCACGAAGUUUAUGCCUCAGAAAAUGGGGUUGAAACGUCUGAUCGGCUAGGGAAUGGUACUGAAGAAGAAGAAAGAAGAUCCAUGCAUGCUGAUCAGGGGAGAGAUUCUGGAGAUGCGAGAAAUGAACCUGAGGAACAGGAAAAUAGUAGAGAUAGUCUGUAAUUUGUGGUUCUUUCAGUACUCCAGUUUAGCUUAGUUAUUGCCGCAGUUGUAGCCUAUUCUGUAAGUUGUUUUUGGUUCACUUUUUUUAUUUUUUUUUAUUUUCUCUGCAUACUACAAUUGAUUGAUUUUGGGAAAGAAUUCUCCUGAUCUGAUAGUCUGGUUGGGCCUUCAUGUGCAUUA